CACGGGGCUUGGGUCAGCACUUCAGCGACUUCCAAGAGCUCGCGUUUAAAUCUCGAGCCACGACUCUGACACUAUGUUGAGCGUGGCAGUGAACGUUCUCGCACCCAUGUGGCGCUUUGAACGGUUGCUUGGAGCUGUGCUGGGUGUGCUUCCUGUGAGCGGGGACUGGCCCCCUCGGCCCUGGCCGUUCGUCUGGGCCUACCUUGCUGCCUCUCUCAGCGUAGGACUUUACGUGGUGGCGAAAGUCUGGGAUCACGUCCUCACCAGGGCCAGUUCGGUAUCCAUGGGAACGUCGACGAUGAGCUCGAACUACACCACGUUCACGGUGUUGGUGAUAGCAGUGCGUAUGCUUGUGGAGCGCCUAUCAUGUGCGCACAUGCGCAUCGCCUACAGCGACCUGGCGGAGUCCAUCGCCCUGUACAGCCGCCGACAUCCCUUGUCGCGAGAUGCGUGGCGUGACCUUCUGCACUCGGGCCUCUUGGGCACGCUGUGGCCCGUGUGCUCGCUGGGGAGCUACGUAGUCUUUGUCGGAGCCAGGGGUGCCCGGUCUAUCACCGAGGUCUUGUUUACGUCCUUCAAUAAUUUCUUUGAUGUUUAUUCGAGCUGAAAAUCAAGCCAUUUGCCUCGGUCCCGUUAGUAAGCGGGCUCUCACUCGUGAAAAUGAUGGACUAAGUAGUGUAAUUUAAAUAAGAGCAGAAAGAAUUAGACUCAACAUUGUCUCCCUCCGUCGUCUGCUGUUGACGUGAGCAAUUUAUUUUAAAACGUUCUCAUCGGCAUAGUGGUCUAAAUAACAACAACAACGUUGAAAAGUCCAAAGAAAGAACAUUAGUAGCUUGUGUUAACAGUAGCAGACAAAUUCGCAGACAUGAAAGACUUUUUAUGGCCCUACGCGAUCAUCUUGUUUUCCAUUAGAAAUU